AGAGUUUUAUCUUCCCCCUUCUAGAGGCAGACCCCAUGCGUCCACGGUCCACCCGAUGAUCCAAUAGUUCAAACUGAACACCAGAAUCUUCUUGUCCGAAAUAGACAUCUUUACUCUCUAUAUAGUAUUCUAGUCCAUCCCACCACGCUCCAUGUUUCAUGAUCUUUCUACAAUCGGCAUUUUGACAAGAACCAGAAACAGAGCCAGUUCCCUUCAGCUCGUUAUUGCAAAACAUUUCUUGUUUUUCUUUUUAUCUGGGAUCAGUGCGAACACUUGGGAAUGGCGAAGAAGUGCUAUCCGACAGUGAGCGAAGAGUAUAAAAAAGCAGUGCAGAAAUGCAAGAGAAAGCUUCGGGGACUCAUUGCCGAGAAGCACUGUGCUCCCAUCAUCCUCCGUUUAGCAUGGCACUCAGCUGGAACAUUCGAUGUGAAAAACAGAACAGGAGGGCCGUUCGGGACGAUCAGGCAUCGGGAUGAGCUCGCUCAUGAAGCCAACAGCGGUCUCGACAUAGCUGUUAGGCUUUUAGAACCCGUUAAGGAACAGUUCCCCAUACUGUCUUACGCUGAUUUCUACCAGUUGGCUGGAAUUGUUGCUGUUGAAGUUACGGGAGGGCCUGAAAUUCCUUUCCACCCUGGGAGACCGGACAAAAAUGAACCACCUCCAGAGGGUCGUCUGCCACAGGCCACCAAUGGCUCUGAUCAUCUGAGAGAAGUGUUUGGGCACAUGGGUCUUGGCGAUAAAGACAUUGUUGCUUUAUCCGGUGGUCAUACGCUGGGCAGGUGCCAUAAGGAGCGUUCUGGGUUCGAGGGACCCUGGACUUCGAAUCCUCUCAUUUUUGAUAACUCCUAUUUCAAAGAACUUGUCAGUGGAGAGAAAGAAGGUCUGAUCCAGUUGCCAACCGACAAAGCACUUUUGGAAGAUCCUGUCUUUCGCCCUCUUGUCCACAAAUAUGCUGCAGAUGAGGAUGCCUUCUUUGCUGACUAUGCUGAAUCUCAUUUGAAGCUCUCGGAGCUUGGAUUCGCGGAUGCCGAAUAGGGGAUUGACAAAAGCAUCCAACAUGAUCAUGCUGCUGUCUGGUGUCUGAUGUUUAUGAGUCUUUGCCGUUUGUGAAAAACAUGUUGAUCAAAAUUUAUGUUUUGUGUCCCGUGUACGAUUAAUAAAUAUGACAGUACGAUGAAAUAAGAAUUUGAGGACAAAGAAA